AUGUCUCUCACGAUCUUCUACCAGAAGGCAAACAUUGGCUUGGUGGCAGUCUUAGCCCUACUUAUCGCGCUACUCUCGAGUCAGGUUGCAGCUCUUCAGGCGCAAACAUGUGCCAAUCACUUCUAUGCUGAUGCUAAUCCUCAUAAACGGCACACCGUCUCCUGUGUGGACGCUAAAGGUGUAUAUCACAGUUGUUACAAUGAUAACUGCCACGACCUGAAAACUGGUGCCAAGUUCGAUGAUCCGACAUCAGGCGGUGAUCCGACAUCAGAAUUCAUGUUCCGCAAGUGCUAUAACGGGGCCCUAAAUGCGUAUCCACUUGCAGUAGCUCCAAUACAAUAUUUCCAGUACCCCAAAUAUGUUGCUGUCCAAUCUCGCGAUGAUGGCCAUUGGUAUAACUGCGACCACUCAGCUGACGAGGUCAACUCGCACGUACUUUACUGUCCCUCGUGUAUAAGCUAG